GUGUACUCGCUGCCUCGGUCAGGGCCGUCGUGGUCGUGGUCGUGAGUGAGACAUGGUGUGGGGGUGUGGGGGUUCCUAUUUGGGUUGUCGGAUGCCGUCGUCCUCGCUUCGCAAUCAGCUUCGCAAUGCCGAUUCCCCUAUUGUCAGAAGGCCAAAACGGAACGACGCGUUCUGUCCCCAGCUUUUCCAAGGGAAUUGACACACAGUGGUGCGAACCAGGAGAACGUGCAAGUAAUGGCACAAGCAUCCUCAACCGCCCGCCCACGUUCCGCUGCUCCUGGCGCUGGCGCCGAGCAGUAUGGCGGUGCCGCUUCCUACGAUGACCUCAAAGAUGCCUUGAAAGAGAACCUGCAAACGACCGGAGUGCUGGCAGAUCUGAGAGCACGUAUCCGUGCAUCCGUGUUUGACUCGCUGCAGGACUCGGAAGCACCCAGACCUCCCGCCAACAGCCCACAAGCCGAUCUCGUCAACGAGCUUAUCCGGGAAUACAUGCGAUACAUGGGCUACCGGCACAGUCUCUCCGUGUUUGCCGCCGAAGCAGACCUGCCGCGCAGACCACCCAAACGUGAAGCCCUCGCUGAUGAGUUGGGUUUAGAGCUGGGGCCGAAAAAGCCGUCAGAGGAGGGCGGGGGUGCUGAGGAUAAUGUGUAUCCUGCCCAUCUACCGCUGCUGUAUGGCUUAUCCCUCCGUCACGCUGUCAAAGAUCCCGCCGCAAAGUCUAUCAAGAGGUGACAUUGGAUAUAGGGAGCGAAAACGGCGCAAGGACAUCAUGAGUGUCGGUGAAUGGCGAUUUUUGGUUGGACGACUGUCUAUAUGUACAGUAUAUGUGUACUUAUUAGUUCGAGUGAGGAAG